GGAACGGCUCACCGAAGCCGGCAGCGGUCGCGGCGGCUGAUAAAUGCGUCGGUGUUAUUCAGAUUUCCGGCCACGUUCUGGGAAUGGUGGAUUCGCGGAUUGUUUUCCGCCCCUGAUAACCGCCGCCUCUCGCUUCUCCGCCGGACGCUCAUCUUCGACGGAUGCCAAGUUAGCAAAUGACCCUUCGUCGAUGCCGUGGAGAGAUGGCAUUCCCGAGAUUACACCUGAUAUUCGUAAUCUUCGCUUGCGCCCGUUUAGCCGCCUCGGUCGAGCUCAACUUCGAAUUACCUGAUAAUGCGAAAGAAUGCUUCUUUGAAGUCAUUCCCAAAAAUACAACCUGCACCUUAGAAUACCAGGUAGUUACUGGAGGGUCUUACGAUGUCGACGUUAUUAUGCAGGCACCGAAUAAAGAGUUAAUCUAUCGUCGACAGAAGUCCCAGUAUGAUACGCAUACGUUUGUCACCACCCAAUCUGGUGAGUAUGCAAUCUGCUUCAGCAAUGAAUUCUCAUCCUACUCCAACAAAAUGGUCUAUAUGGACCUCCAGGUCGGAGAAGAACCACGGCUCCCUGGGAUGAGCCACACCACCGUCAUGACACAAAUGGAGACAUCAGCUGAAAUUGUACAUAAGGCUCUGGUGACAAUCUCCGACUACCAAACCCACCACCGUCUUCGAGAGGCCCAAGGCAGAAAAAGGGCAGAAGAAUUGAACGAAACAGUCUUCUGGAUUUCGUUCAUGGAAACGAGCUGCAUUCUCAUCAUCAGCUUUGGACAAAUCUGCGUCCUUAAAAAUUUCUUUUCUGAAAAAAGGCCAAACCAGUUUGGAAGAAAAUAGUGUUGUUGUUUUUGUAUUUAAAAGAGAUAAAAAAAAAUUAAAAAGAAUAUUAAAAAAAUCCAUUAUUUUUAAAAAUUGUCCAUUCUAUAAAUAAUGUUUUAUUAAAUUAAAUUAUUUAAAAAAACCUCUACUUUUGAUAAUUUUUGUGUCGUAAAAGUGUUGCAUAUUUAGUUUUACACUUUUUUUGUGGGAGUACUUUUUUUCUUCAGAAAAACAGUUUUCCCUCGCUCUAUUUUCCACAGAAUUAUGAAAAUUGUUACUUUUGUAAAUGAUUUUUAACGUAAUGGUGUACAGUUUUAGGGUAAUAGUCACAAUUUAAUUUAUUUAUGUAUAAAAAAAAUGUAUGUUUUACUACAAAAUUGUCGUCCUUUUUCAAAUAAUACUGGUGAGAAAUUUCUUUCUAAUAUAUCAAAAGGGAAUGUGAUGUGCUUUCGAGUGAAGUAUGCGAGUGAGAUGUAAAAGAAUUUUUAGAAUAAACUAAAAAAAAAAAAAAAAAAGCCUGGUAUCUUACUUGCUAUUCCCCAAUUUUUAAGCUAAUUUUGUUAUAGUUCGUCAUUUGUAC